AUGGGCAAUCUGAAUCUUGCGGUGAUCAUCAGGAACCCUAGAGACGACGCCGAGUUCCUGCUCGAGAAGCAAAAGCGGCCGGCGGGAUUCGGGGACGAAGCGUACGAUUCCUUCGUCGAUUCCGAUCUCUGGGACUUGCCAUCAACAGAUUUACCGCCUCUAGAAGGCGAAAUCAGGUCCGGUUUUGCUGUCUCUGUAGCUGAAUCAUGCUCCGAAGAGAUCGAUUUGAAGAAUUUCGAUUUAGAAUCCACCCUGAAUCGGCUGUUGGCAAAUUUAGGGAUUGAGUUUAGCGAGAUAGGAGAGCGGAGAUUCGUCAGGUAUGUAGAGGAGCCUGAGUUUGGACCUGACUCCUGCGUCUGUACUUGUUUCCUCGCCGGGAAGCUGUUGGAUACAGAUCGAAGUUUUCAAGACAACCAUAAGUGGAUGUCCAUGGAAGCAUGCUUUGACUGUCUUACAGAUGUGAAACCGGGAAGUGAUCGUGUUGGACCAUUAGUACUACUCGGACUUGGGGAUGGUACCAUGAAGCAGAAACUGUCACCUUCUCUGCCUGUCCAGGAGUAUCCACCUGGUGUUAUGGUUGUGCCAAUGCGUAGCAGGACACUGAAACCUUUCAAGACAACAAAUUUGGUUGUAUUUGCUCCAGAAAAUGGUUCAGGGGACCAUCAAGGGACUGAUUUUGUAGCCUAUGGAGAUGCGUUGAUAAUGGAUCCUGGAUGCCUCCACAAACUCCACGUUGAGCUCAAGAAAAUCGUUGAGGCUUUACCUAGGAAGCUGAUUGUCUUCGUUACGCAUCACCAUCGUGAUCACAUUGGUGGUCUUUCUGCUAUACAAGAAAGCAAUCCUGAUGCUAUUCUAGUGGCACAUGUCAAAACUAAGCAUCGCAUUGAUGGUUGGUCUGGUAACUAUACCCAAGUUUCUGGCGGAGAAAACAUGUAUGUCAAUGGUCAGAAAUUGACUGUCAUUUUUGCUCCGGGACACACAGAUGGCCAUAUGGCACUACUUCAUAACUCCACUCGUUCUCUGAUUGUUGGUGAUCAUUGUGUUGGUCAAGGAAGUGCUUUCUUGGACAUCAGGUCAGGUGGGAACAUGACAGAAUACUUUGAAACGACAUAUAAGUUCCUGGAGCUUUCACCACAUGUGGUGAUUCCCAUGCACGGAAGGGUCAAUUUGUGGCCGAGACACAUGCUUUGUGGAUAUCUCAAGAACCGUAGAAGCAGAGAAGAAUCCAUUCGAAAGGCCGCUGAGGAAGGAGCUCAGACUUUGUUUGACAUAGUGUCUAAUGUGUACUCAAAGGUGGAUCGCAGUUUCUGGUUGGCUGCAUCGUCAAACGUAAGGCUGCAUAUCGACAAUCUGGCUGUAGAAAACAAAUUACCAGAGGGAUUCUCAAUCCAGAAGUUCAAAGCAAGCUGCGGAUGGCGUUUCGUGGUACGGUGGACAGCGAGUUGUAUCAGCAGCCGGAUUCCAUUGAAGAUCAAUAAGUCAGGUUUUAUUAUGUCACUGAUAGCUGCAGGAGCUGGAUAUUUUCUUCUGUACGUAGCCAAAAGGAAGAACACUAUUGAAUCUUAA